AAGGUGGUCGACCUGCUCAGCCUCGACGCCGACCUCGUCUGCAGGUGCCAGGGUGGCAAUAACGCCGGCCACACCGUCGUGGUAGAUUCAGUCGAAUAUGACUUCCAUCUGUUGCCCAGCGGAGUUAUCAAUCAUAACGCCACGUCGUUCAUCGGCAACGGGGUCGUAAUCCACUUACCGGGGCUCUUUGAAGAAGCUGAGAAGAACCUGAAGAAAGGACCGGGGCUGGAAGGCUGGGAAUCUCGGACUGUGAUUUCCGAUCGCGCCCACUUGGUAUUUAAUUUCCACCAAGCUGUAGAUGGGAUCCAGGAACAGCAGAGGCAACAGCAAGCAGGGAAAAACCUGGGCACCACCAAGAAGGGGAUUGGCCCAGCCUACGCCUCCAAAGCCUCACGCACCGGCCUGCGCAUUUGUGACCUGUUAGCGGAUUUCAACGAGUUCUCCAAAAAAUUCAGGGUUUUGGCCCAGCAGUGCAAAGCCAGCUACCCCGCGCUCAACAUCGACACCGAAGCCGAGCUGGAGCAGUUGAAGAUCUACGCAGAGAAGAUCCGCCCCCUGGUGAAGGACGGUGUUUAUUUCAUGUACCAAGCUCUGCACGGACCCUCCAAGAAGAUUCUCGUCGAAGGAGCUAACGCUGCCCUGUUAGACAUCGAUUUUGGUACCUACCCUUUCGUGACGUCCUCAAAUUGCACCGUGGGGGGUGUGUGCACCGGCCUUGGCAUUCCCCCCCACUACAUCGGCAAGGUGUAUGGCGUGGUGAAGGCGUACGCUACCCGGGUUGGAGUGGGGACCUUCCCCACCGAGCAGAACAACGAGAUCGGCGAGACGCUACAAGCUAGGGGACGGGAAUUCGGCGUCACCACGGGCCGUAAGCGUCGCUGCGGCUGGCUGGACCUCGUCCUGGUGAAAUACGCCCACAUGAUCAAUGGGUUCAGCGCCCUAGCCGUGACCAAGCUGGACAUCCUCGACACCUUCGAAGAGAUCAAAGUGAGUGUGGAGUACCAUCUGGAUGGGAAACAGAUUCCGUAUUGCCCAGCCAAUCACGAGCUCCUGAACAAAGUCACAGUGAAGUACAAGAACCUUCCUGGAUGGCAGUGCAGCACCGAGGGCGCUCGCAGCUUUGGCGACUUGCCCGCUGAGGCCCAGGCCUACAUCCGGUUCAUAGAGGAUUACCUGGAAGUGCCAGUCAAAUGGAUCGGCGUGGGGAAAUCCCGCAAAUCGAUCAUCAAGGUCUUCUGAGGCUGAGGCCCCGGGCGGAUCUGCAGCCCCAGACGGAAGCCGGCGGGGGGCUCUUCCUUCUCUCAGUUCAAGAGCCGAGGACCACAGAAACCGGCCCCCUUGAACACGCUCAGGCCAGCCCCCGACCCCCGGCUUUAUUUAGACGAGAACCACAGCAACCCUUCACAGCGUUCCCCCCACCCCUCGUGUAAAAUUUCCUUUUUGCCCUUCAUUCCGUACUGCUGAUGUUUGGGAAGAGAACUAGGACCAGCUGGCUGGGAGCAGAGAUUUGCAGGCCUUUCCAAGAUGGUGAAGGGCAUACACUCCACUUCUGCGCCCCUGACCCAAUUUUUGGUUCCCCCGUCCCCAAAACGGCUGCCAUCCAUCCCACCCACCAUCUGACCAGCAUUCAUGGUUCACGGGCUCUCCCAAUGGUGCUAACCCUUUUGACCAGUUGUCAUCCAUGUCAGUCAGCCUGACACCUUCCUGGGUGUGACAGUCCCCAUCGCCUCCAGCCAGAAGGAGGGAGUGGAUCCUGGGAAUUGUAGUCCGAUGAGGCAAAAGCACUUUUCCCAGAGAUGGCAGCCUUCCAGGGGUUGUCAACUACCACUCUAGGGUGGGCUCAGUGAGGGAUGCUGGGAGUUGUAGUCCAGAAGCAUCCCCGGAGGCUCCUGAUUCCCCACCUCUGGCAGGAAGAGGACACUUUUGUCCACGAUGGGUGUGACAUGCAGUUGCGGUUGAAAAUGGCUCAGUUUUUAGGGAAAUCAUUCCAACGGCAGAGCAUUUCACACCCAUGCCCUUCUCUCUCCCAUCCUGGCCCGGAUCGGGAGGGUUGGCGUCGUUGAUCGUUAAGCACAACCUCUAAAUUGAGUCGCCUCCUAACCAGGGUUUGAAACAAGGCAGCGUUGCUGCAACCAGUAUUCAAGCAGGCUUGUUUCAAAUGCUGCCACGCAUUGAGAGCCAGCAGAAACAGGCUAAUGCUUUUGCACUCGUGCCCUGGCAGAGAAACGUGGGAACGUAGAUGCUGUAGGUUGUAUCAGUUCCUACCUAGUUUGUCGCGGUCUCUGAAUGCAGGUGUUUGGUGCUGUUGCGGGUUUAUAACCCCAAUUUUUAGCUUUCUGCCUUUAAAAAACAGCAUGCUUUCUACAGCUGGACCUAAUUGUCCAGAUUAAACCCUGCUCCUUCCCAUUCCUCGAGGGGGAUCUCUGGAUUGCAGAAGCACUACCAGUCAACGGUUUGGUAUCUUUUCCCUUUUGGAACCUUAAUCAGGACUAGCCUCUUGAAUUUCCACUGGUUAACAGGGGAAGCAGCAAUUUAGCACCGCAGCAAACCGGGUCCUAAAGCUUUCUAGAGUUCUGCUUGCACGCCCCUUAUCUCGCUGUCCAAACACGUGACACUUUUGUGGUUUCUUACUUGGUUUAGAAGGAAAUUUCUCUUGUUCUCAUGUUGUUGUUUUUUCCAGGCAUUGCCAAAUCUGCCACAAAGAGUAAUAAAGAACAAUGAUUUAUUUUAUAAACGGG